AUUGUUGGCAGCCCUAUUAGGGGUUUACCAUUCUGAGUGUUGAUAGUCAAUAAUUUUUGACAAUUUCUAACCAAGUGUAUUGUAUUGUGUUAAGUAUAAUUUUAAAUAACAGAUUAGAUGAUAAAAUCAAUUUUAUUAACAUUUAUAUUUAAACAAUAGUAAACGACGUGUUAAUUAAAUUUUAUUAAUUUACCUUUCCUUUUUUUCUAAUGGAAUUUUUCUCCGUUUAGUGAUAAGUUACUCGUAUUAUUGUUUCGUGAUAAAAGUUUUAUUUAGUAUCAUAACAGGACCUUAUUUCUUUUCUAAGAAAAGAUGACUACGCUGAGACCCUUCACGUGCACCGAUUUAUUCAAAUUUAAUAAUGUGAAUCUAGAUCCACUUACGGAAACAUAUGGAGUCUCCUUUUAUAUGCAAUAUUUGGCACACUGGCCGGAAUAUUUCCAAGUUGCUGAAUCACCAAGUGGUGAAAUAAUGGGCUACAUUAUGGGAAAGGCGGAAGGUAUUGCAGAAAAUUGGCAUGGUCAUGUAACAGCUCUUACCGUUUCACCUGAUCAUAGAAGACUUGGUCUUGCAGCAAUGUUGAUUAAAUUUCUAGAAGAAUUAUCGGAAAAGAAACAGGCAUACUUUGUGGAUUUGUUUGUCAGAGUUAGUAACAAAGUGGCUAUUAAGAUGUAUCAGCAAUUGGGUUAUAUUGUGUACAGAACAGUAUUAGAAUAUUAUAACGGAGAUCCUGAUGAAAAUGCUUACGAUAUGAGAAAAGCACUUUCAAGAGACGUGACUAAAAAAUCUGUAAUACCAUUAACGCAUCCUGUUAGACCAGAGGAGGUCGAUUAAUCCUAAGAUUCAAGCAGUUUAUUUUGCUUUUCUGUACAAUAGUACAAUAUUUCCUGCUUGUCACCGCUCAUCAUGCCUUUAUGCGCCACUUUAUGCGAAUAAAUAAUAAAUAGAAAUGUAAGAUGGUAGGCUUAGUAGAAUACUAUAGACAGCCAUCUACGACAUACAGGUUGAAUAAUUUUUUCAUGACGAUUGUUAUUUAAUGGCUGUCUUCUUCUUCUCCAUAUUGACUCUACUACAUUUAAAAACUUAAGCCUAAUAUAUGAUAUUUACAGAAUGAAUGAUUUCACUGCAUCAUGAUACAAAGGUGCUAAGCACCUACAUAAUAGUAUUUAGUUUGCGUAUUAUAAAAAUUAAGGACAAAGUGUCGUUCUUGCAUAUCUUUGUACUGUUUCCAGUAUUUUUUCUGAGGAUCUCGAAUAAUUUAUAUAAAUCUUUAAUGCGCCAAACGAAGCUGUGCAUAGAUAUUAUUUAUUCGUCUAUUCUGCUCAAAGGGAUGAGGCACGAUCAUACUCAGCCUAUCUCAAAUAAUAAUAUCAAAUUAUAGAAGUUUUGUACGUAUUGUACGAUCAAGCCCUACUUCAACUUUAUAUAUUCGCUUGUGUUUUACUAAUGAGAAGGAAGACAUUAACUAGUUACGUAGGACACACGUUCAAGCCGGGUACAAAACUUCUAUAAGAGAGAAUAUUAAAUUAAAAUUCGAAUAAUGUGUAUUUCUUUUGCGUUUGUGUUUUCUUUUACUAUGCAGGAACGAUGCUAAAAAUGUUAAAUAAAAUAUGUUCCCCUUUACAUCUAUUUGGUCGUGUCUUUAUAUAAACAAAAAGAUAUUCGUUUACAUAUUAAAUAAAUAUAAACUAUAUGAGACUAGCUAUUUUAUCAGAAUUAUAUAAUAAUACAAUAUAUAAGAAGUUUUGUCACAUUACUUUCGGUAUAUAGAAAAAAUCUUUUCCGAGGUCCGUCGUCGAAGUGAUUGAAAAAACAAUAGCUUCUCUUUAUAUUCCUUAUCCUCGUCGUCGUUCGGUAUUCAUAAUCAUUUUUUAACAGAUAAUACGAUACGCGGAAGAAAAAUUGUCAAAAUGUCUCCAAAUCAAUAGCAUCUCAAAAAA